GUGAUCGCUCACGCCGCGGACACACGCGACGAUGCGCGGUGACCGCGCCGCUCGUGACACGCGACACAACAAGGACCAUGAAAACUUAAAAUCGUCUCUUAAAAAAGGAUCAAAGACUAAAAAGAAUAGAGUAGUAUUCGACGAGAGCGCGAAUGAAUUUUUCGAGGCUGACUAUAUUAUUGUCGUCCGAGAUGAGUGCGGAUAUUCUGACGAGGGAGAGAACGAGGAAUGCUCGGGGUGUGGAGCAUGUGAGCGGUUCCAGGAGCCGGAGCCGGGCGCUCUCAGUCCGCCGGAGGGAUACAAAGAUAUGGGGCUUUUUAAUCGGGACGGAACGUUGCGGGAGCAAGCGUGGUGGGACGCCGGUGAUGUGGUACUGGUCGGCGAGCGGUCGGGGACGGUGUUCACGCCACAGCACCUGCAGCUCCUACGGAGGCUGCAGCGCGAGAGGAUGUUGCGCUCCACCGUGUGUGCAGACUGCGACGCACACCCCGCAAUACAUCAACCGCUCGACAUGGAGUAUAGUUAUGAGGAAGAAGAGAACAGUGAUGUCGACAGAGAGUUCCGUCCUCUGACCCGUAGGACUGGAAAGCACAUCGCUGCAGGAGAAGAGCGACCGCGCAUCAAUUCUAGUCAACAAACCACACCCAGUGAAGAAUGCCCUCCAGAUAUUUGUAUAGACGAAACGCCUACGGAUUUGUCGACGACGGACCCCGUAACAAGUGAGGAAAAUGAUACUAUUGAAAACGAAGGAAGAAUAUCAUUAGAAAGCUCCCCGCUGAGACAACGGCGAGCGGGGAUAUUAAAGGGAGGCAGACUUUGGAAAUCGUUAGAUAACGACAAAGACACCUGUGAACAGAAUGAUGACCAACGCUCGACGACUGCUAGUGAUGAGGAUGGGUCAGUGACACCGAGAUCUGUUCGGUUCGUCGAAAAACCGAAAGAGUGUGAAGAAGAAGUUAUUGAAAAAAAUGACACAGAACAAAUACAGUCAUCUGAUUCCGAACAAAGUUCACAUAGAGAAUACUCAGCAAAUGUUGGACAUAAAUUAGAUUCGCCAUUGAUCCUGACAAUAAGUACACCCAAAGCCAAUUCCGCAGUGCAACAAUUAUUUAACAGCAGCAGACCGCCGCCACCGGCAAUCGAACCUCAAUUGGUCACUUCAGAAACGCUCAGAGCGUGGGACGCCGGAGUAAGACCUAAAACCGAAGAGGCUGCCGUGAGACGCGUAGCAGAAAGAAAUGCUCUGAGAUGUUCACUUCUAAGAAGUGAAGCUAGGAAAAAGCAGCAACCAAAGCAAGAAACCACGUCGUUAUCAGAACGAAUUCGGCUAUUAACAUGCGAUGUUGAGGAUGAGGAAGUACAUCAAAGAUCGGCUCGAGCUGGUGCAAAUGUGGAUAAGUUCUCGAACACUAGUGAUAAAGCCAGCGAAAAGACCUACAAUAACCUUGAUAAGAGUAAUGAAAAAGCAUUCGGUAGCGCAUCCUCGAGUUCGUCUUCCUCGACGUUAUCAGCCCCGGUGCCAACCAGACAACAGCCACCGGACUUAGGAGACGUACAUCAAGAACCACCAAAGCAAAGGUCAGAGCCACGUCGACAGUUCUUGUCAACUCUCGCACCGCUCACUGCUUGUGUCGGAAGCACUGCGCAUCACGAGGGAUUCUAUUACGUGCCUCCCGGAGACCGAACUUCUGCCUCUUCGGCUAAGAACCUGGAUCUCCAAGAACAUAAUGACGCACCAGCUCCCGAUAUAGUCGCUGGAACACCAGGUGCAGCCGAAAGCGAUGAAAGCUUAGCUGCGUUUGCGCGUGCAUCUGCUUCGCGGACCGAUCGACUUCGACAGCGUUAUGGACAAGAAUCGCAACCGGUUAGCAGUGACGAUGAGCACGAUGAUUACGGUUUUCAUCGACGACCUGCCGUAAGAGGUAUUGCAGUAAAGCAGCAACUUGGGGCCUCUGAUGAAAUCCUACAACACAUGCAGAACGAACUUCAACCUACCCCAACUUCGAGUACGAACACGCCAGUUCCCAGUCACGCGUGUCAGCGUACUAAUUCCAAUUACUCCUGGCCAUACUACUCCGAAGCUAAUCUUAACUCUAGGCCUCAAAGCAGAACAAGUAUAAACAGUAACUGGUCUAAACCGGAGUAUGUAUCCCGCCAGUGCAGCAAUACGUCAGUUUCACAACAUUCUGACUCCUGCUAUGCUCAUGCACAGAACGUGACAUCUUAUCACUACCAACGACAGCACGAGAACGUGUACAGAAACUCCUCACUGUAUGCUAAUAUAGGGUGUUCAGACAGCAGUCAAGAGCUAUACAGCUCUCAGACGAGUUCAGAACAGACAUCUCCAGUAAGAUCUGGACGGUGUAGACGACCGGAGUCUCCUCCCCCCAUUCGCAGUCAUCAUCAGUUGCUGUAUGUACCGUACAGCAACCACUAUCACUACCAACAGGAAUGUGCUCAAACUUGGAACACCAAUGACUACAACCGCAUGCAUUCGUACUACCAAACGCAAACGAUAAGCGGCGCGAGUACGCCACAGCCGGCGCCUGCCGCAGUGCCGCAGCGCGCACACUACACGCACGCCCUACAACUACAGACCCUGUGUCCAGCUCCCGCGAGGUACAGACCUGUGCCCGCACCGCAACCAGGAGGAGGAAAACAAAUGAUUUGCUACUCCGAAAAGGUAGUAGCGCCGCUAUACCAGCCAGCACCAGGGUCCCCGUCCCGUUCCACGAGAGGAGCACCCGAAGGAGCAGCUGCAGCUACUUCACCAAUGACCGCGUCGCAGAAUUCCGUUUACUACGCGAUGAAUGUAAAAAUUGUCGUGGGUCGCGACGCGGUCCGUAUUAGCAUUCAGCCUCCAGGGCAGCCAACGGACUCUAAUUAG